AUGCUUUCUCACGCCUUUCCUGCGGUCUCAGACCCCGCCAACUCGGAAAUCUGGCCUGGGGAAAAUAUUUCCACGAUGUUGGAUUUCUGCAUCCUCUUGGCUCCGUUGAUUGCCGACGUGUGUUCCACUGGGGAUUCUUACAAACGCGUUUCGCGCCGUCUGGACCUCGGUGCUUUUGGCCCGACUGGGUUCGCAAGAGCAUCGACCGAUCGUACUGGGGAUGAACACAUAGAUGGGUUGGAUUCCGGUCUGGCUUUGGUCCUUCACAAACUUUCCUUCAUUUCUAUCGCGGGCCAUGGAAACCCUGAAUCUGUUGCCAGUGCAUGUUUGGCUAUGACACGCCCAUUCUUGACACAUUCCUCUUGGAAGACACGGGGUAUCGGGUUACUUCUGCUCCGAAAUCUGGUUGUGAUGAAUUUGCCAGCGUUUUGGGAACUGAACACUUACAACAAGAAUCCCGACGAUAGAAAUUACCGCGUCCAUGAUUCUAUUAUCCAAUUGCGUGAACUGUUAGUCAGCCAUUUGAAUGACCACUGGAUCGAGAUUUGUCAAUUGGCUAUGUACACCAUGGCAGUCUUCCUUCAAAUUGGAAUUCUUCAGGUGGGUAAUCAACCUUUCGCAAUUUUGCCUAGCGCCACUCAGUAG